UCCCCCUCCUCCCCCUCCUCCCCCUCCUCCUCCUCCUCUUCAUUCCCGGUCGGAGGAGCGGAGGAUGAGUCCGCUGCGCUGCGCUCUGUGACGGAGGAUCAGCAGAAGAACCGGACCCGCAUCAGACCGGGUGAGUCAUGCCGCUGGUGAAGCGGAUCAUUGAGCCCAGGUACCUGUGCCGCGGCGCUCUGCCUGAUGGGGUCGCCAGUGAGCUUGAGUGCGUGACGAACAGCACGCUGGCUGCUGUCAUCAAACAGCUGGGAGGACUAAGUCGUCAUGCAGAGGACAUCUUUGGCGAGCUGUUCACGGAGGCGAACUGUUUCUACCUGAGGAUGAGCAGUCUGCAGGAGAGAGUGGACCUGCUGGCUGUGAAGGUGACACAGCUGGACUCCACCGUGGAGGAAGUUUCUCUGCAGGACAUCAACAUGAGGAAGGCGUUCAGGAGCAGUACCAUUCAAGACCAGCAGGUGGUGUCCCGGAGCUCCAUUUUAAACCCUGUGUUGGAGAUGUACACACGCUGUGACAAACCUCCUCCUCUCAACAUCCUCACACCUUACAGGGAUGAUAAGAAGGACGGUCUGAAGUUCUACACCGACCCGUCUUACUUCUUCAGUCUGUGGAGGGAAAAGAUGUUGCAGGCCACCGAGAACAAACGCAAAGAGAAGAGACGACAGAAGGAGCAGAAACAUGUGGAGGAGUCUUCAGGUCGGGAGGUGAAGAAGGUGCGUAAAGCUCGUAACAGGCGGCAGGAGUGGAACCUGAUGGCGUACGACAAGGAGCUCCGCCCAGACGCUCGAGUCACACCCUCACCUUACCACACCUCGGACGGCUCACUGUCACCUGACAGGUCGGGGAUGUCAGAUGACCCCUCCCACUCGACAAGUCCCCGUCACCAUGACGCCCAGGGUCAUGAGAGGAAGGAUCAUGCCGCCGUGGCAACCAGUGGGAGUGGUCAGACUCAGUCGUUGGACCGUGCAUUAAGACCCGCCUCUGCGUCCACUGGGGUCUCCACGGGAACCACCCGGCAACACUCGCUGGGCCGCAACCAACCGCAUCAUCACCACCCACCGCACUCCGGCUCAGCCAAUCAAAACGGAGCCCGGAUCAACGCAGCCAAGGAGUCCAAUGACCAUCAGAUUCCUCCAGCCCCCCCUCCGCCGCCGCCUCUCAUGCCAUCAGCGGGACAGAUGGCGUUUCCAAACAGCGCCGCCCACAAUGCUGCCAUGGCAACACCCCUACACCCUGCAGCUGCCUCUGGUGGCUCCACCCUCUCUCGGCCUUACAGCCCCUCCCCUCCACCCCCUCCCCCUGCUAACUACGUCCCCUCCCCCUCACGCCCUGGAGCCCAACAGGUCCUCCCCUCCGCUGCAGCUGCGCCCCCAUUGCCUCCGAUCACAGAUGGCAGGAAGCCCUCUGGUGGUCCAACCAUGCCGGUGAACGAUGCGCGCAGUGACCUGCUAGCUGCCAUACGCAGAGGGAUCCAGCUCAGGAAGGUUCAGGAGCAGCGAGAACAGGAAGAGGCCAAGAAACGAGAACCGACGGGCAACGACGUCGCCACCAUCCUGUCGCGACGCAUCGCCGUGGAGUACAGCGAAUCAGAGGAGGAUUCUGAACCCGAAGAUCAGGAGUGGUCCGACUGAGGAGGGGACGGGGCAACGCGGAGACGGAGUCCAAUCAGAGGCCACACCUCAAACAGGACAUGAAACACCUGAGGAAGGUUUGAGGGGCGAGGACGUGAAUAUGUUCAUCCGAGUCAACGAGUCGGGAUCAAUUAAAGCUAGGGCUGUCAAACGAUUACACUUUCUAAUCGUGAUUAAUCACAUUUUUAAUCGAAUGUUUCAAUUUCAAUUAUUUUGCAUUUGGAAAUAAAACAUGUUAGGCUUUUAUUUAGAAGUUUUGUACCGUCUUAAACUGAGAGCACUUUAUUUUGUGACUACAGGGAGACUCUGACUACGACUAUCUACGGUGAGCCUGAAGGGACAAAGUAACAUGCGAUUAAUCACGAUUAACUGGUUGAUGCUAACAGCCUCUAACAUGUGAACACGUUUAGUGAUGUUAUUUAUUGUUUUGUUAUUAUUAUAAUUAUUAUCAGUUCAGUAUGUUUCAUCCUGAGCGCGGACGCGUCUGUCCUCAGGUUGUCUAAACGUUUCAUACUUUUGGAUACCACGAGUUUUUAAACACAACCGUCGGACAUGUUGACGAUUGUUGGUGUCUACGACUUCUGUUUCUGUUGCCGUGGUAACUAAUGCUGAUCUGUAUCGAAUCAGUUAGAAAGAGGUCAUCUUCUGCAUCCAUCACACACACCGUGUAAAAUGUGUUUCUAUGACGACGACUCAUUGACAGCUUAUCUAAUAUAAAGUAUCCCAAACAUUAAAUAUUUACACAGACAAAUAUAUAAACUUUAAAGAUGAAUACCAAAAACAGAGGUUAGUUGAAAUCUGAUGGUCAGUGAAACAGAUAUCUUCAGUGUCUUAACGUUUGAAGAGGGAAAAGUUUGCAGACUGUUGGGCGUAGUAUGUAGGCGGUUUCAAAGACAGCCACAGAGGUCGUCCAUGGGGGCGGAGCUACGCGCUGACAUUAGUCACAGGAAACAUAAACAGCCUUGAAAUGACUGUCUGGAAAUCCACAGGAUUGAAGACUGCGUGUUUUUGUGUUUGUCCCUUAUUUACGCUGUCACACAGACUGACGAUUCUUUCGACCAAUCAACAAACAGAGUGUCUAGCUCCGCCCGUUUAGGGUCAGAUAGGGACACUUGUAACCCCAAACAGACGUGUGGCAAGAAAGUAGGACGGAACGGAUCGGUUUUUCUGGUACUAUUCCAAACUGCUGACCGUCAGUGCGUCCUGUAGCGAGCAGAACUCAACCGGACCGCUUGGUGGAAACGGGACUUUAGAGUCACAGAUCUCAGAGCGCAUUAUCGAUUAAACUCAGCCCCUUUAGCGCCACCUUCAGGACAGACUGCACAUGUUCAGCUCUGAGCAGAUGAAUCCUGAACUCUGCAGCCUGUAGGGGGCGCUGGUGUUGAAUCGUUUUUAAAAAUGUAGUUGAGAAGAUGAAGAUGAAGGCUGCCGGACUGCCAUCAGCAGGUCAUCCAGCAGGGGGCGCUGUGAUCAGAUCAGCUGUGUUCACUUAUUCUAUAUUUUAAAACCUUUAUUUCAAAUGUCUCUUUACCUUUUUUAUUAUCUUUUUAUUCUGCAUUAAAGAUGUUUUGAUUUAUUUUGUUCAUAAAAACAUGCCGGCACUUUUUUUUAAAUCUUAUUUAUAUUUUCUGUUGACUUCUCGCUCGCUGAUGUAAAUAUUUGUCAAACUGUAUUUUUUAUCCGUGGGGUUUGAUGUGGUGGUUUCAGCAUCUGAUUCAUUAGUUGCUACGGUAACCAUGAGGUACUUCUUCUCCUUUUUUGCUCUUCUUCUCCUUUUUUUGUACCAGCAGGGGGCGUAGAUCCAUCAGUGAAACGUUAUGACAUCAUCGUCCUCGUGUAAAUACGGGGAGCAGUAAAAUGACGGUCAAUGUUGCCUCCAUGUUUGUGAUGUCAUCGCUGCAGCUAAAAAUAAAAGAUGGAAUGGAAGGGGGAGGGGGGGUCUGCGAUUGGUUAAUUGAUUUAUUAAUUAUUGAUCUGUGCUGUGUUCUCUGCUCUGUGAUCUGCAUGUUGGUGGGAAAAUAACGACGUAUAAAACAAAACUCUGUUUCAGUCUGUCUUCAAAAGAGAAAACUUUAUUGACAAAA